AUGGAGGCGCCAAGCGCAGAACAACUCAAAUCCAAUGUCAAACCCUUCAGAUCAAUCCCCCAAGACCUCGAGACAAUCACAAAGUACUUCGACACCUUUGGAGAUUGUAAAGUGUUGCUUAUAGGCUAUGCUUCGAAUGGCGCGUCUGAGUUCUACUCGGUUCGGGCAGAAAUUACAAAGCAUAUGAUGCAAAACCAUGGUUUCAAAAUCUUUGCUGUUGAGGCAGACUGGCCUGAUGCAGAAUCUGUUGAUCGAUAUGCCAGGCACCGCCCAGGCCCUGAAGAAGGGGCAGCAGGAUUCUACGGCCUAGAUCUCUACUCGAUGGGCACCUCGAUUAAGGCAGUGGUUGACUAUCUAGAUACUGUUGACAAGGAUAUGGCACAAGUCGCCAAGGGGCGAUACAGUAAACUGAUGCAUUGGGCAGAUGAUCCUCACGGAUAUGGCCUAGAGUCUCUGGCAACUUCCUUUCAGGGGUAUGAGAAAGACGCUGUCGCGAUGCUAAAGGACAUUCUAAGUAAACGCAUUGAAUACUCUGCAGCACUUGACGAUGGUACGGAGUUCCGCAGUGGAGAGCAGAAUGCCAGAGUUGUCAAAGAUGCCGAACAAUACUAUAAAGCCAUGUAUCGCAGGCGAGACGAAACAUGGAAUCUUCGAGAUACCCAUAUGUUUGAAGCUCUUACGAGACUUUUGGAACGUCGCGGCCGUGAUUCCAAAGCCAUUGUCUGGGCACAUAACAGCCACGUCGCUCUGCAAGGAGAGGUUUGGGGUCAAGCCGUCAGUAUUGGCACAGGCACAAAUACCGGGACGGUGGCUGCAGCCCAGGACUGGGACGGCAACAUGAGCAUUAUGGAGAUUCAGCCAAGGCUCCCGGGCAGCUACGAGGAGCCUAUGCAUGCCGCGGGCAUUGGUAACAUUGUUCUCGAUCUUCGUAAAGGCAAAUGCGAUGAGAAGCUAUGA